AAUCAGUCGUAUGCGACACCAAGACAUGAUGUUAGAAUGACCACAGCCUGACCUAUGCGUUGUGAACUUCUCAGGCUCCCAGGGCCACUUCACCAUGGAUACCCUGACUUACUUUUUGAGCGCUGCGUAACUGAGUUGUCAGCUUGACAAACUCCGCAUCAAAUAUCAUUCUAACGAAGCCUCCAGAGUUGUUAAGGUUUGACCAAAUUCAAGAAUGAAGACAUGAUGGUGGAAGCAUGACGAUGCGAGUCGGUCCGCAAGAGAUGAACUAGUCCUGUUCAUAGCAUCAAGAUUACGCCGAAAUGAAAACAUAAUAGCGAAAGCAAAACGCCACGAUGAAAACUAGUGAUGGUUCUGCUGGCUAUAAGUUGCACGAACACCAUGAUGACCAUCUGACAAGGAACUCUCAAACGAUAUCGAACGAACAUAGCAACGCUUUGAAUUGAAUAUUAAACAACCAUCUUAUCCCUAGAAGAGUAGCAGAAUCUCACAAUGGCGGAAGUAGCAAAACCAGUUUACACUACCGCGUACAAGCCCCAUCCCAGUGAGAAGAUGAAGGCAGCUCUCUGGACUGGGGCAAAGUCGAUCGAGCUAGGCGUUGUCGCCAAACCCAUGAUCACUGCACCUAAGGAUGCCAUUGUGCACAUUACCCAUUGCACUAUAUGCGGAUCUGAUCUGCAUAUGUACAACGGCGAUAUGAACAGUGUCAUGGAGAAGGGGAUGAUCAUGGGCCACGAGGCGAUCGGCAUUGUCGAUGAAAUUGGGCAUGAAGUCAAAGACUUGAAGGUAGGAGACCGAGUCAUUAUUUUGCCGGUCAUUGCAUGUGGGGAGUGCUUCUACUGCAAGCGCAAAGAGUUUUCCCUUUGCGACCGAACCAACCCAUCACAUGAGAUGGAGCAACUGUACGGACACCGUCUCUCGGGUAUCUUUGGCUAUUCCAAAAUCACAGGUGGAUAUCCUGGCAACCAGGCUGAGUACUGCCGCGUCCCUAACGCAGAUCUUGUCUGCGUCAAAGCCCCCAAGGAUAUUCCCGCUGAGAAGCUGGUCGGUCUCGCGGAUGUGACACCUACUGCGUGGCAUGGGUGUGAACUUGCGGAAGUGCGCAAAGACGAUGUUGUUGGCGUCUGGGGCUGUGGCGCAAUUGGUCUCUCGAUCCAACGUUUGUCCAAGCUUCGUGGAGCCCGAAAGGUCUACGCCGUUGACAAAGACGUCAACCGACUCAAGAUUGCAGAAUCUUUUGGCAUGAUCCCCGUCAAUGUCAAUGAGCACUCGGACCCGGCGGACUACAUUCUUUCCAUUGAACCGCAUGGCCUGGACCGCGGUAUUGAAGCAAGUGGCUUCAGGAGCACGAACUCGGUCGUCCAUAACACCAUGAGGAAGCUAGGUAUUGAGGGCGAUAGCUCGGAUACUGUGAGCGCUGUGAUCAAGGCGACGCGCAAGGGUGGAAACAUCGCUUUGAUUGGCGACUUCUUCUACUCGACCAACAAUUUUCCGAUUGGAAUGAUGAUGGAAAAGGCAAUUACCGUACGCGGUGGGCAGCUAUACGCCGAGAAGUAUUUCCCACUCCUUCUAGACUUCGUUGUUAAAGGCCAAUACGACCCCUCGUUCGUGUUCACGCACAAGGAUAAGUUGGAGAAUAUCUCGGAGGCUUAUGAUAAGUUCUUCAAUCAUGAAGUACCCGGAGGGCUAAAGGUAUGCAUUUCGACUCCCUUCGGCCGAUCCCAGGAGGGUUAG